GUUUCCCUGUCCCAGGUGUGGGGGUUGUUUUCCUCGGAGUCCCAGAUGGACUGAGGGGCCUGGUUGGAGUCACUGGUGUCACACCGAUCUCCCUAAGCAGGUACAAUGCUUCUCACCGUGACUCCGCUGGAAAAUCCUGGGCCUCCCUCUCCAGCCCCCCCUCCCACAGCCCCUAAGCCUAAUAAAGACAAUGCUAGGCUGCAGCGCCUUUUACGCAAAGCUGCGAAAAGAGGUGGAGUACAGCACCCCUCCUCCCAGCCCCCUAAAUCCUUCCGCUCCACCCUGUCUCCUGUUAGUGAAGCUGAUUUGGAGAGCCUUGAAUCUACAACUCCCAAGAAACACGGUCCUCCUCCCCUUACCCUGCCACCACGCUUCCAGAUCCGAACUGUAACUCAUCGAGUGCCCUCUCCUUAUCCAAAAAAUCGCAGCUUCACAUUUACUGUGAGUGAGCAACACAGUCUGAGUCAGUAUCUGACCUCUCCCCCACCCUAUGAAACUCCCUCACCACGUCCAGUGAGGGGCAGUACUCCUACCACUUCUACUGAUGGUCAACCAGCAAGCACUACCCCUAAGUUGUUCCCCCAAAUAGCCAGUAAACAUAGCACAACUUUAUCUACAGAAGCCCCUAGAUUGAAAAAUCGCAACGAGUCGUCUUCACCCCAUCCAGCUAUUUCUGAGCUUCAAGGAACAUUAAAUGGUACAUCGACCCAUGCAGGAGCAGAAGUGCUUUCCCCAAACAUUAAAGGAAACAAGGACAACGAUCAAAAUAGUGGAGUGGCCACAAAUACAGAAACUAGAUACUUCACCACAGAACCUGGGAACACAGAUUCAGGAAUGAAUACUAGCAUCCUCACAAUAGGCACUGUGGCAGAGUCACCCAGUCCUCCUAAAUCAGGCCAAGAAGGAACCACACAAAAACCCACCAGCUGCUCUUAUCUAAGUUCUGAGAAAACCCCUGCGUCUGUAAUAUCCCCCACUCCCAUGUUCACAGAGAAAAGUGAGUUGCUGUCCUUGUCUUCUAAAGUUGCAGAUAUCCCACAUAUUAGUUUAACUGUUGACUCGGGGCCCAUCGAUAUAUCUAAAACCCAUAAAAGUCCAACAUCCGCAGAUAUAUGUAAUACAGCCAGCCCACUAUCUUCAGGAGUCACACAGAGAACGGUGACACAGGUAAUAAAAUCUCCCUCGCCUUAUGCAUCGACACCAGUGACACCUGUACCUGCUGGAUCACCCUAUUUUGAAAAACUUCCCAGCACCGAGGAGUUAGGUCUUCUGAAAAACCCUGAACGAGUUAAACCACCCAGGAGAAAGCCAGGUGGUGGAUGGGCACGGUUAGUCAAGCACCUUGUGGUAGAGCCUGAUGAGCCAAAGUUUCCAGAACUACAAAGGACAGAAGGAAAAGAAGAGAAAGCAGGAGGCGAUGUAGGGAUGACCACAGAGGGGCAGCAGCAGAGUCGAGGUUCCCGUGCCAAUAAAAUGUGGGAUGCUCUACUAUAUCACAUGGCUACAUCCAACAAACAGCAGGAGAAAACAGGCCCUGUGUCGGAUGUUCCCCCUCCUCUCCCAUUUCUACGGUCACGCUUGCCACUUCUCCUCCACAGGCCUCGAUUUGAUGCACGCAAGCUGAAAGAAGCUGCCUCUCGUCCUCUGCGCAGAGUGACUGCCUUCUUCCACCGCAGAAGCAAUGAGCGGCCACUCAGCAGCUUCAACCGGACUGCAUCUGGUUGGAGCAUCCGAGGAGAAGAUGCAGAACAAUUGGUAGGAGAAGGAGAUGGUCAGGAGAAUGGCACAAUGUAAGGAGCCAUGGGAGAUUACCAUACCCCUCUAAUGCCCAUGGGGUGGCAUGAAUUAAAGUGUUACUGUUACAAGAGCAGAUAAAUGGCAACAUGUUAUGUUGCAUAUAUUUAAAAUGACUACCACCAGAUUAAGGCACCAGGUAGCAAAAAUAAAAAGAGAAAGUAUAAAGAAGUCUGUUUAUUCAUCCUGUAUUAAAACAAUUAUUAAAACAGC